AUGUACGAACAACAGUCAGCCCCGGCCUCUGCGCCCAACUCUUCUUCAGCCGCCACCGCCACCACCACCAGCUCUGCAGCCCUCACCCAGCAGCAACAACAGCAGUUAGUCUUUGCGCAGGAGUUCUGGGAGGAGCAAAUCCUGGCAGCGGAACAGUUCGAUUCAGACUUCAAGAACCAUCCCUUGCCGUUGGCCCGUAUCAAGAAGGUGAUGAAGUCCGAUCCCGAGGUCAAGAUGAUCUCGGCAGAGGCACCGAUCCUGUUCUCCAAGGCCUGUGAGACGUUCAUCUGUGAGAUCACCCGCCGGGCCUGGUUACAUGCCGAGGAGAACAAGAGACGGACACUUCAGAGGAGCGACGUCGCCAAUGCCGUCUCUCGUUCGGACCAGUUUGACUUUUUGAUCGAUAUUGUCCCCCGGGAGGAACCUCCCAAGGUCACCAAACGCUCUUCUACCCGCGAGGAUCCUGCUCCCAGUGCGGAAGCUUACGAUGAGCAACAGCAACAAGGAUACGAGGAGUACUACCCACAGGGAGCAGGAGGAUUAGCUGCAUACGCGCACGCAAUCGAGGCGCCUUCGUUCUACCAGUCGGUGUCCCCGGAACAGUUUCAGCAGUACAUGCAAUAUCAACAGCAGGCUCAAUCCUACCAGCCUUCCCAGCAACAAGCAGGACAGACACAGCAGGCACAGUCAUCACAACAACAGCAGAGUUCCCGAGGUGGACACGAGCCAACGUCUCGUCAAAGUUAG